CGGCAACCUCACGUCUACCGCCACCCCACUCUUCACUCCUUGCACAUCUUGUAUACAUCGACAAGAUGGCUGAACCGAUUGUGCAGACGAUUCACAGGGAUCCCGCCCUCUUCUGGUGGAUUCUGCUUCCUAUCACGGUGGUCAUGGUCCUGACAGGUAUUCUGCGCCACUAUGCGAUGACACUGCUCCAAUCGACACCCAAGAAGCAAGACCUACCCAAGAUCCGUCAGCAGCGGUCGCUCGCCCGCGGUUUGCAAUUGCGCCAGAAUGCCAACGUUCUCUCUCCCGCUGCUUUUUCUGCGAGGAAAUCAUACAUGGUGCAGGCGUAUCAGGAGGGUGCAUUCCUAGCAGAGCCUGAAAUGAGGGGCAAGCCCAGACCGAACCCCAUGAGCGACCCUGCGGCUAUGGAGGGUAUGAUGGGCAUGAUGAAGGGCAACAUGGCUAUGAUGAUUCCGCAGACCUUGAUUAUGGGGUGGAUCAAUGCUUUCUUCUCCGGCUUUGUGAUCAUGAAACUCCCCUUCCCAUUGACACCACAGUUCAAGUCCAUGCUUCAGUCUGGUGUUGGAACUCGAGAUCUGGACGUGAGAUGGGUUUCCAGUCUGUCUUGGUACUUCUUGACACUCUUUGGUCUACAGCCCGUCUACAACUUCAUUCUCGGCAGCAACAAUGCUGCAAGCAACGUCUCACAGCAGAUGGGCAUGCAGAACCCCGGUGCGGGCAUGGGUAUGAUGGGACCUGAGCAGGACCCCGAUAAGUUGUUCCUGGCUGAGGCCGAGAACCUGGAGGUCCUCGAGCACCGAUGGAUCCUCCAGGGCAUCGAGGAUCGUUUGGUAGAGAAGUAUGCAGCGUAGUCUGUGCUGUUGGUUUCGCAAGCUUGUAAUCAUAUUGCAACACAUGAGACCAACACAAGCCAAAAAUGGAGGACUAUCAUCCCACGCUGUCAUCGCACUGGUUGCCUGAUCUGCGCGACUGGGCACAAGAUAGCCACAAAGUCAAUUCUAUGACAGUCCCUUCAACCACUGUAUCGGUACCUGUGGCAGGUGGUUCGAUCCUGGUUCUGCGGGGGCCGCCUGCAGCUGACAGAUGCGAAGCUGCGUGAAUGAUGACCACCAUAACGAG